GCGUCCAGCUGCUCAGAGCGGAGUGGAGAUGGACGGGAUUUGACGACUUCCGGUUCGGACGGACUUUAUACAAUCUCAUAAUGAUCAGUGGUUUGGAGAGUUUGACCGGUUCGGACUAAGAAAACAGCUGCCGAAACAAACAUCUGGUUCUGGGCUUUUUUUUGGGGAGUGAAUUUUACAAAAAAAAGUUGAAGGCAUGGUAAACAGUCAGGCGGUGGGCGGAAGCGGGUGUGCGUCGCGGGCGUGCGCGGGCUGCGGAGGCCGGAUCUCCGACCGCUUCCUGCUCUUCUCCAUGGAGCGAUACUGGCACACGCGCUGCCUGAAGUGCUCGUGCUGCCAGGCUCAGCUGGGCGACAUCGGCACCACGUGCUACAGCAAAGGAGGCAUGAUCCUGUGCAGGAGCGACUACAUCAGGUUGUUCGGCCACGCUGGUGCAUGCAGUGCCUGUGGCCAGUCUAUCCCUCCUAGUGAGAUGGUGAUGAGGGCGCAGGGCAACGUCUACCACCUCAAGUGUUUCUCGUGUGCAACGUGCAGAAACCGACUGGUCCCCGGCGACCGCUUCCACUACGUCAACGGCACCAUCUUCUGCGAGCACGACCGGCCCAGUGCCCCUCUGCUUGGUGCCCACCUGCAGGGCAACCCCGUGCUGCCUGACCAAAAAGUUUGCUGAAACCCCGUUCUCCUCAUCUUCCCCAUCCUCCCCGUUCUCCCCGUCCUCCUCAUCCUCCUCGUCCUCCCCGUCCUCCUCGUCUUCCUCCUCACUCUGUCCCGCCGCCUCUCACGGAUCUCCGGAUCUCCCGUGCAUGCACUUCUCCUGCACUGACGUCCUGAAAGAUCACACCUCAGCCAAAUCUUUACUCCGGCCCUCCACAGGAACUCCUCCUUCCUUCCUUCCUGUUCUUUUAUCAUACGCAGGACUCUUCAUGCCCCCAGGUUUUUCUCGCUAACGGACUGUACAGGAUUUCAUAAAGACUCUGAAGACUUUCAGCGUGGAAGCUGAAGUGUGGCUUUGUGCUUUCAGUGCUCACGACUGCACUGCUUGUGCUCUUCUUUUUUAUUUCUGUGUGCGUUUUUCUUUCUCGAGCUGACGGAGCUGAUCGGUGGGUCAUUUGAUAAUUUUUUUUUUCUUUUGUAUAUAAAUUUUUUUUUAAAUACAUUUAUUGGACAUGGCGAAGGUUAGAGGUGUAAAUACUCCUUUGUUUUUUAUAUCGGUGCCACGUGUUACGGUUCAAUCGUAUGGUCGAUAUGUGACACUUAUUUAAAACCACGUACACAAUAAAUGCUUUAAAAAAGAA